AUGGAUGCCCCCGAUUUCAAGCCACUAUUCAUAGAAUGGAUCGAAGAAGCGGCUAUAGACGCCACAAAGAAGGGAACUAAAGCAGCCCUUCUUUAUAACCGUGCAUUGGAUCGUCUUAGGCACUUUGAAGGCCCAAUUCUGAAUCCCAAAACUCUCAGGCUGGUCCAAUAUAUCGGAGACAAGACUGUCAAGACUUUGACAGCAAAGUUGAGGAAACACUGUGAGCAGAACAAGAUAGAAAUACCCCCAGAAUUUGCAGAGAAGGAAGAAAUUGCUCCAGAAGCAGCCAAUCCAUCGCAGCUAACCAAGAAGCCUCGCAAGAAGAAACGAUACGUUCCCAGACACAGAUCUGGAGGGUUUGCUAUAUUGAUAGCCCUCUACAUAGGAGAUAAGAGGAAGAGAGGGCUCACAAAAGACGAAAUCAUCAAGAGAGCUGGUCCUUUUGCAGAUAAGUCAUUCACGUCUAAUCCUGCCUCUAAUGAGUUCUACUCUGCGUGGAACUCUGUGAAGGUAUUGAUCAGCAAUGAUUUGGUGGGGUUCACUGGUAGGCCCAAAAUGUACUUUCUAACUGAGGAAGGCCAAGACUUGGCUGCCCAAUUGAAGGACACAGUGGGGAUCCAUUCCACGCCCUUGAAGGAAUACGAUGUAUCUUAUGACAAUCACGUCCAAGUAAGUCCAGACCAAGGACUAAUGUCUUCACCAAGCAAGUCCAUAUUGCCCGAAAUCCAUCAAGAAAUCCUGGGGGUACAUGAUCCGGUGGCUCGGGUUUAUAACGGAAUCAAAUAUGACGUAUGGCCCCACGACGAAUACGAAAUUAUUCUCCUCAUAGAUAACAGGGAAAUACGAUCACAACUGGAGCGAGAUUUUUUUCUGAACAGACUAGGCUCUUUAAACGUGAAGUGUGAAGUAAGGUCGCUUUCGGUGGGAGACACGCUAUGGAUAGCCCAGCAUAAACAAUCUAAGAAGGAAGUGGUGCUAAACUACAUUUGCGAGAGAAAGAAACUCGAUGAUUUGGCGAUGUCUAUCCGAGACGGUCGGUUUCAAGAACAGAAGAACCGGUUGAAGAAAACUGGAAUGAAGCAUUACUAUUAUUUGGUCGAAGAAAGUGGGAUUGACAAUGUGAUCGAAAUGAUGGAUGCCAUCAAGACAGCGUUGUCUAUGACAAUGACUGUCUCUGAGUUCUAUCUUCGGAGGUUCAAGGAUGUUGAUGAAACUAUUCUGUUCUUGGCCUCGUUAACCCAAGUAAUCCAAGAAAGACUUAAUGGAACGAAAUUGAUAGUACUUCGACCCAGAUCGGUGAAUAACCAAGUAGAAUACAGUGAGAUUCUUGAUGUCUUCAGAAAUGAAUUUGAGCACCGAUCUACGGAUUAUGAGUGUGUACAUCUCUUCUCGAUGUUCCAGGAUGUUUUGGGGAAGACUGGGAUGAUGACGGUCAAGGAGAUGUUUGUGCUUAUGCUCAUGACUAUUAGGGGGGUAAGCUUGGAGAGAGCCAUCACUAUACAGCAUCGGUUUCCUACGCCUAAACUGCUCUUGCAUUAUUAUCACGUAGAGCAUUCCAACAAAUCGACAGAGGAAAAGAAGAAGUUGUUGGUGAAGGAAUUUGAGAAUGAGGUCGGAAAUAAGAAGAUAGGAAAGGUGUGUCUGGAGCACAUCUACGAAGUCUGGGGAGUCAAGUAG